GCGCUCCAUGUGUCAUGGCCUUUUAAGAAAAACGUGAAACAGCCGGAGUGACGUCCGCUGCGCACAGACGCUGCUGGAGGCGAACUGACGAACUGACACUUGCGGAGCUGCGAGAGACAGCGAGCCAGAAACGACUGUUGGGCUGUCCCGUGAAGCAAUCCCGCCAUGCGUGAAUACAAGCUAGUGGUGUUAGGCUCUGGAGGUGUGGGCAAGUCCGCUCUGACAGUUCAGUUUGUACAAGGAAUCUUUGUGGAAAAAUAUGACCCUACAAUAGAAGACUCGUACAGAAAGCAAGUGGAGGUAGAUGGGCAGCAAUGUAUGCUUGAAAUUCUCGACACAGCCGGCACAGAACAAUUCACAGCAAUGAGGGACUUGUACAUGAAGAAUGGCCAAGGUUUUGCCCUGGUAUACUCCAUCACAGCACAGUCCACCUUCAAUGACCUCCAAGAUCUGAGAGAACAGAUUCUACGAGUAAAGGACACAGAGGAUGUGCCGAUGAUCUUGGUAGGGAACAAGUGCGACUUGGAAGAUGAGCGUGUGGUGGGGAAGGAGCAGGGCCAGAAUCUGGCCAGACAGUGGAACAACUGUGCCUUUUUAGAGUCCUCUGCUAAGUCAAAGAUCAACGUCCUUGAUAUCUUCUAUGACCUGGUCAGACAGAUAAAUAGGAAAACACCAGUGGAAAAGAAGAAGGCAAAAAAGAAAUCUAACUGUGUCCUGCUUUAAAAAUCCCCCCACCUCCAGCCCCUGCAGCAGCUCUGAGCCAGAAAUGCUGUAAUGAAGAACUGUUGCCCUGAUUGGAACGUGCCAGCAUUCCAACAGCCCCGCCCCCUCCCUCCAUCAGCCAUAAACAGUGAAUCAGCUGACUGAACUGCUCCUAUCAAAGCCGAGGAUGACCUACAGGAGAGAGUAAAGAAAGACAGUAAGAGAGAGAGAAGACUCUAGUCUCUCACCUCUGAGGACCUUCCUCUGUGUCAGUAUCAGUGUGAACCCUGAAUGGACAGUCUCCACUUCUGCACCAACAAACAGCACCACAAACUGAUGAUGUUAAGAUGCAGCAAAGUCUGAAAGUAAAACAAAGUCCAUGAGCCGCCUACAUGGCCAGAGAGCAGCCCCUUAUUUUUAUUUUUAUUUUUUUCUUUAUCUUUUGACAGUUUAAAAAAAAAAACAGCAUCUAAGAAGGAAAACAAAGUUAGAACAUGGAUUCAGUAUUUCAUCUUUUUCAAUAUUGUAUUUGGAAGAUAUGGAAGUCGACCUCCUUUAGUUGUAUGAUUAUAAAUAUUCUUCAAAAACAAGCAUGAAAAAAUUACGUGUAGAUGUUUUCAAGUGAAAUCAAGUGGAAAAGUGAGAAUUUUUUUUAUAGCCAUACACCUAUUCUCCAUGCCUGUCAUGUCAGUGAUGAUAGAUCAAGGUCUAUAAUAUGUGUUAUUAUUUUUAUUAUAUAUUUUUUCUUUGUUCGCCCUGUUGUUCAUGGACUUCUCUUCUGCAAAUCUCUCUCUCUGAUGUGACUUAAUUUUAUACUCAGUCACGGGGAUUUCAUAGUUCCCAUAAUAUAUUCUAAUGCCAUUUUUUGCAUAAUACUUCAGAAAAUGGAUCUUUUAUAGAAGAAAUAUGGGGAAAAAUAAGGAUUGAUUUCUAUGUCUCUUGAAGCUGAAAUAUAUUAUACUAAACCAACUCUAA